AUGAUCUAUGGCGAUACCUCAAUGGUUUGCUUGGUACGCCGUCCAUUCUUCUUCAUAGCUCUCUAUCAAUACCCAAAACCCAUUAUUUUCUCUCUCAUCAGUUCCUCAAACCUUUCCCACUCUUCUCACAUGCAUUGCUUUCUCAUCGUAUAUCACCACCACACCACUAAUACAAAUCCAAUGACCCUUUAUGUUAGAGCUUCAAAAUCAAUAAACUUGUACUCUCUUCGUCUCAAGGUACGCUUUAUCGUUCUAUCUUCUUUCCAUUAUCACUCUCUAUGUCCAUCUGAGAACAACAGCCCAAUUGUUGGCAUGACCAACGCAGCAUGCAAUAACAGCACAAGAAGUUCAUAUAUAACUACAUAUUCGGAAACCCAUUUCCUGAAUCUAAUCCUGAAAACAAUUGAACAAAAGCCUUGGGCUUUUAAAAGACCUUACUGGGAUGUCCCAGACCAAUUUUAUACAGUGAUUCUUGAUUCAGAAUUGUUUGCCCGAGUGCUUGAUUCUAUUCGUGAGCACCCAAAAAUUGCCCUCCGGUUCUUCCGUUGGGCGGAGGGACAACCAGGCUUUAAGCAUUCAGAAUAUGCUUUUUGUACUAUUCUUGAAAUUCUAGUUGAGAAUAAUUUGACGAGUUCUGCAUAUUGCGUCAUGGAGAGGGUAAUUAGUGAGAAUUUGCAUGGUAUUUUGGAUAUUUUGAUAGAUAGGUAUACAAAUUCCAAGGUUUUGAGUAACUUACUUGAUCUUUUGUUGUGGGUGUAUACGAAAAAAUCAAUGGUCGAGCAAUGUUGGUUGACAUUUGAUAAGAUGAUCAGAAAUGGGGUGUUGCCGGAUGUGAAGAAUUGUAAUAGAUUUCUUAGGAUACUUAGGGAUAGAGAUUUAGUUGGCAAGGCAAGGGAAGUGUAUAGAAUGAUGAGAGAGUGUGGGGUUAAGCCAACUAUUGUUACGUAUAAUACAUUGUUGGAUUCGUUUUGUAAAGUAGGUGAAGUACAACAAGCGCUGGACCUGUUAUCGGAAAUGCAGAGGAGAGGGUGCUAUCCGAAUGAUGUUACAUAUAAUGUGCUGAUUAAUGGGUUGUCCAAGAAAGGGGAAUUUGACCAGGCCAAAGGGUUGAUUAGGGAAAUGUUAAAUAAGGGAUUGAAGGUUUCAUCGUACACGUAUAACCCAUUGAUCUCUGGGUAUUGUAAGAAGGGCUUGCUUGUAGAGGCAUUGAGCCUAGGUGCAGAGAUGGUAGUGAGAGGAGCUUCUCCAACUGUAUCAACAUACAAUUCGUUCAUGUAUGGACUUUGCAAGCAGGGAAGAGUGACUGAGGCUAGGCAAUACUUUCUUGACAUGUUUGCAAAGAAUGUGCGGCCGGAUAUAGUUUCAUACAACACUUUGAUUUAUGGGUAUUGUCGAUUGGGUAACACAACACAGGCUUUCCUCUUGUUGGAUGAGUUAAGGGGCAGGAACCUCAUUCCCACUGUGGUCACCUAUAAUACCAUUAUGGAUGGGCUUAGCAGGCAGGGGGAUUUGGAGAAUGCUAGCCAGCUUAAGGAUGAAAUGGUUAAUUAUGGGGUUCGUCCUGAUGUUUUUACUUAUACCAUUCUAGUAAAUGGUUCUUGCAAGGCAGGAAAUUUAUCCAUGGCUAAGGAAUUCUUUGACGAGAUGUUGCAUGAAGGGUUAGUGCCUGAUCGCUGUGCAUACACAGCUCGUAUAGUGGGUGAACUGAAGCUUGGAGAUGUAUCCAAGGCAUGCAGUUUGCAAGAAGAAAUGCUAACAAAGGGAUUCCCACCUGAUUUAAUCACCUAUAAUGUUUUUGUGGAUGGACUUUGUAAGUUGGGUAAUUUGGAAGAAGCCUGUGAGUUGUUGCAGAGGAUGAUCCGUGAUGGCCUUGUGCCCGAUCAUGGAACGUAUACUAGCAUUAUUCAUGCUCAUUUAGAAAUUGGGCAUCUCCGGAAAGCCAGAGAGUUGUUCUAUGAGAUGCUAAGCAAAGGUUUAUCCCCUACAGUUGUGACAUACACAGUAUUGAUUCAUGCUCAUGCUGGUAAGGGGAGGCUAGAACUGGCAUUUAUGUAUUUCUCGGAGAUGCAGGAAAAGGGUGUUCUACCCAAUGUGAUCACCUACAAUGCGCUGGUAAAUGGUCUUUGCAAAUUGAAAAGAAUGGAUCAGGCUUACAAAUAUUUUGCUGAGAUGGAAGCAGAAGGAGUACUCCCUAAUAAAUAUACCUACACUAUAUUGAUAAAUGAGAACUGUGAUAUGGGUAAUUGGCAUGAGGUUUUGAGAUUGUAUAAAGAAAUGCUAGAUAGAGGAAUCCAGCCUGAUUCUUGUACACAUGGUGCACUGUUAAAGCAACUUGGCAAGGGUUAUAAAUCUCAUGCUGUCGAGUACCUCGACUAUAUAAUUCUAGAUAGAUGAUUUUCAGCAAGUAGACUUUUACAAUAUCUGGUUCAGUCAUGGAGGCUUGUCACAAACCAGUCCUGCUUCUUGAACCUUGUGGCUGCAUAAAAGUUGUGAUUAAACUAAAUGGGCUUUGCACAAGAGUGAAAAUUGCUCAUUCUAGAACAUACAGCAGAUGGAAGAAAAAAUUGAUGCAUUAUAAGCUUCUGAUUCCACCUUCAACCAUAGUUGAAUUUACUGUUUCUAUUGUUUGCUAUGCGGAUUUGGAAUCUGGUUUCAUAUCACGUGAGAACUUCAAGGCUGUGAUUUCAAGUAUCCUACGGAAGGCAAAAGGUUGGAUGGUUUGAAAGUCAGCGAUGCACAGUUGCAGGUGGACCUUCUGUUCAUUAAUUCUCUUUGUGGGAUUAGAAGGCAGGGCACGAUUACUCUGUUGAAUUUAGACCAGGGAUGCCCCUGAUCUCUGCCAGAUGAAAGAGAAAAGGAAGUAGCUGUAUACAUUGGCAUGCAGCAUGCAGUCGUUACAUGAGGGAGUAUGUGUGACUAUAUAGGAGGAGGGAAGACAUGUCUCACGGCUAUCCAACCACUACAUGUGCUUGAGCCUGUAUGAGCUACGAACUUGUGUCAUUCUCAUUUGCCUAGCUAGUGACCAAUUCUCAGUGCUUACGAGAAGUCUGCUAUAAUAACAAAGGAGUUGGCUCCCGGUCCAAUCCUAAUUGUAUACUCUGGUUUGGUCCUCUUAUUAGUUUUUAUACUUUCUGGCGUUCCAAGAUCGCCAAUCAGACACACAAUAUGACCUACGUAUGCCACUUGUAUAAUUCGAGGGAGGUUUUGCAAAGAUGGAUUUCGUGCAUUGUAGCACGGCCAUUGUUUGCUGUAACUUGGUGCAAAAUCAUGACUUCUUAUAGGAUUAUCGAAGGUAUGAUACCCCAUAGUUGAAGCAUUCCCUGCACCCAUGCGUGCGCUCGAUCACACACACACAAAUGGAAUGAAGUGGACUAGAAAAUAAUAAUAUUCCAUCCCAUGUUUUGAAACCUAGAUUUGUGUCAGAAAAGGAAUUGCAAGGGCAACUCUGUACCAGAACACCCAGGCAAUGGAUUCUGAGACAAUCCAUUGUGAAUUGGCAUUGCAU